UCCUUAAUGCUAACUGUUGUGUAGCUGCUGGCCGCCUCUGCAAAUUUUUCACAAUGUCUGCUAAGUUAAACGCUUUGACUAGUGAUUCCUACAUUGAUAUUAGUCAAUACAGAGACCAACACUUUAAGGGCAACCGCUAUGAACAGGAGAAGCUGCUGAAGCAGAGCCACACUUUGUAUGUUGGGAAUCUCUCCUUUUACACCACUGAGGAGCAGGUACACGAAUUGUUUUCAAAAAGUGGAGAUGUGAAGCGCAUCAUCAUUGGUCUGGAUAAAGUCAAGAAGACAGCCUGUGGAUUCUGCUUUGUAGAAUACUACACACGCGCAGGCGCCGAAAACUGCAUGCGUUUCAUAAAUGGCACACGGCUGGAUGACCGCAUUAUCAGGACAGACUGGGACGCUGGCUUCAAGGAGGGACGGCAGUACGGCCGUGGCAAAUCUGGAGGACAGGUGAGAGAUGAGUACAGGCAGGACUAUGACCCAGCCAGAGGCGGCUACGGUAAGCUGGCUCAGCAGCAUCGACCCACAGAGGCACGCAAUACUUUUUAGACUGAACCACACAACAACAGCAGCCUGCCUAGACUGCACAGAGCCCCACCCUGGACCAGAUUAAUUCUCCAUCAAUGCCACAACAGUAGCUCUGCAUGGACCACUGGACCCCAGAAAUAAGCAGCUGGUAUUUCAUUCUUUCGGAGGCUUGUUUUCUGUUCUGACUUCCACAGUUACUGUGUGAUAUUUCGUGAUGUUUUCAUCAUCCUGCAAAUUUGCAGGCUCUGAUCACAUGCAGUGACUGAUGAAUAUCAAGAUAAAAUGAUCUUAUUGAGUGUCCAUGUUAAGAUAAAAUGAUGGUCUGGUGAAGUAAUAGAAAGGAAGCAUUCUGUUAUAAUCUUACGAAUUGUGUAUACUUUUUUUAAAUAAAGAUUUUUUUUCAGUCA